AUUGAAUAGCAAGGAACUAACGUUAGCGCAAUAUAGCAUUAGGUUUCAUGAAGGCUGUAGGCUACAUUUAGCGUAUUUUCGCCAAUGUUAUCUUUCCUGUUGGCUAAAUAAAUGUGAUUGCUUUGUGAAUGGUUUCUGAGGGAGUUACGUGCUCAGUUAUUGUAUGACCCAAUUUGUCUAGCGGCGCAACCCCUUCGGAAAACGACGUGAACUUUCCUCCUGUGCGCUAAAAACCUGCAUCAUACUGUAGAUGAGUUUAUGAGCUACAGUAGCCUAAAGCGGAUAGGAUAGCCCUUCUCCUGACAGCUGAGUCAAAGAGUCGAAAUACCUCCAACGAAUAAAUAUGCGGAAACGAUCUGACCGACUUGGCAAAUCUACAGAUGAAAAGCCACGGGUAGUUAAUCGGGAAACAAGUCAUGAGAAAGCGCAAGAAAGGCGGUGCAUGAAGACACUGAAGCAGUUGGUGGUGACUUUUGGUGUCCUGUAUUUGUGUAUACCGUUUGUACUGCGACUUUUCCCCGGAAUAUUGUACCACGUAGUAUUUUCUCAUGUCGCCAGAAUUCCAUUCUUCGCUGAUCUCAGUCGACCUGCAGACCUUGGUCUCAAUCACACACAUAACAUCUACCUGUCAUCAGAGAAGGACAUAACGCUGGGAGUCUGGCAUACCGUUCCGGACUCCCUUUGGCAGGAAGCUCAGGGGAAGGAUCUGGGAUGGUACGAGCAGACCUUACAAAAUGGAGCUCCAGUCCUCAUCUACAUGCAUGGAAAUGGGGGCACUAGAGGCGCCAGUCACAGAAUUGGUCUUGUGAAUGUUUUGACUGCUGCGGGAUUCCAUGUUGUGUCCCUGGACUACAGAGGUUUUGGAGAUUCCUCUGGUGAACCGUCUGAAGCAGGCCUGACUACUGACGCCCUCUAUCUGUACCAGUGGGUAAAAGCACGCAGUGGGAGCAGCCCAGUGAUACUCUGGGGACAUUCACUGGGUACAGGAGUAGCCACUAACACUGCUUUGGAACUUCAAGACCAAGGGGUCGCUGUCGAUGCAGUCAUACUAGAGGGAGCAUUUUCGAACAUAAGGGAAGCAGGAGCCAGCCAUCCAUUUGCCAGGAUUUAUAGUAAAUUCCCGUAUUUUGAAUAUUUCUUCCUGGAUGUCAUAUCAGAAAACAAUGUGGUUUUCCCCAAUGAUGAAAAUGUCAGGAAACUGAAGACUCCACUGCUGUUUCUUCAUGCUGAAGAUGACAACAUUAUACCAUUUUACAUGGGUCAGGAGCUGUUUGAGAUCGCCCAAAGUUCACGGAAAUCAUCUAACAGCGUCAGGAUAGUUCCUUUUGAGGGUUUCCACGGAUUCAAGCAUAACGGGCUCUACCAGGAUCCUCGACUCCCUGAAAUUAUUAAGCAAUUUGUUCACUCACUGAACAUGUGAAGGACACAUCAGUAGACUUGCUGUUGCCAGUCAGCAGUCAUUGAAAAACCAUGCACUUUUAUGUUGACAAACAUGUAACUGAAUAUCUGAGCAAAUCCCAUCAAUUCACUGGUUUUACAUAACAUUGAUUGUUCACAGCAUAGCUGUAGGAUUGGCUUAUGCUUAUUAUGGUGCUCUAUUGCUGUGCAUUUCUGUAUCUAGAGUUGUAUAACACAAUCCCAAAUAAAAACAGUCAGACAUGUA